GGGUGGCAGUGCGCAGGCGCUGCUGAGGUAGCUGUUUCCCGCCUGCAUCAGAGUGUGUGGGCAGCCUCGCGCCCUACAGAGUCCCCAGCGAUUUUUGUUAACUUUGUUCUGAUGCGUUCCGAUCUCCUCUACUCCGUCUUGCGCCGCGGCUGAGAUGAGCAGGGACCUCAGGGGCAGGGGGUGUCCCCGGGGACGGGGCUUCCAGGGCUGGCGAGGAGGCUGGCGGGGAAGGACGCAAAAGGUGGAGUGGAAGAGAGCGCCUGAGCCUGCAAGUUCUCGACUCGUUCAGUCAACACUGGACCAGUUUAUUCCGUAUAAGGGCUGGAAGCUUUAUUUCUCUGAAGCUUAUGCUGACAAGUCACCUUUUGUCCAGAAGACACAAGCCUUUGAAAAUUUUUUUAUGCAACGUAUUGAACUUUAUGAUAAGGAUGAAAUAGAAAGAAAGGGAAGCAUCCUUGUGGAUUAUAAGGAACUGAUAGAAGAUAGAGAAUUAACUAAAUCAAUACCAAAUAUAUCUACGGAGUUACGGGAUAUGCCUCAGAAAAUACUGCAGUGCAUGGGUCUGGCAAUUCAUCAGGUGCUAACCAAGGACCUUGAAAGGCAUGCUGCAGAGCUGCAGGUGCAGGAAGGGUUACCACUGGAUGGAGAGCCUAUAAUAAAUGUUCCUCUCAUUCAUGCCAGACUGUACAACUAUGAGCCACUAACUCAGCUGAAAAAUGUUCGGGCCAACUGUUAUGGGAAAUACAUUGCCUUGCGUGGCACUGUUGUACGUGUCAGUAACAUUAAGCCUCUGUGCACUAAGCUAGCCUUUGUGUGUGGCACGUGUGGAGAUGUUCAGAGUGUUCCUCUGCCUGAUGGAAAGUACACUCUUCCAACGAAGUGCCUUGUUCCUGAGUGCCGUGGCCGGUCAUUCACACCUGACAGGAGCUCUCCUUUAACUACUACAGUGGAUUGGCAGUCUGUUAAGGUUCAGGAGCUCAUGUCGGAUGAUCAGCGAGAAGCAGGCCGCAUCCCUCGCACGAUUGAAUGUGAGCUGGUUCAAGAUCUUGUGGACAGUUGUGUCCCAGGAGAUGUGGUCACAAUUACAGGGGUGGUUAAGGUGUCCAGCACUGAGGAAGGAGCAUCUAAAAAUAAGAACGACAAGUGUGUGUUCUUGUUGUACAUUGAGGCAAAUUCUGUCAGCAACAGUAAAGGACAAAAAACAAAGAAUUUUGAGGAGGAGACUUUUCAACGAUCCUUCAUGGAAUUUUCACUUAAGGACCUCUAUGCUGUUCAAGAAAUUCAAGCUGAGGAAAAUCUCUUCAGGAUUAUUGUGAACUCUCUUUGUCCUGCAAUCUACGGCCACGAGAUUGUAAAGGCAGGCUUGGCCCUGGCCUUGUUUGGAGGAUGUCAGAAGUUUGUCGAUGACAAGAACAGAAUCCCAGUGCGAGGAGAUCCACAUGUUCUCAUUGUUGGAGAUCCAGGAUUAGGAAAAAGUCAAAUGUUGCAAGCAGUGUGUAACGUUGCUCCUCGAGGUGUGUAUGUUUGUGGUAAUACUUCCACCAGCUCUGGCCUGACUGUUACGCUGUCUAGAGAUGGUGCUUCUGGAGAUUUUGCCUUGGAAGCUGGUGCUUUAGUGCUUGGAGAUCAAGGUAUUUGUGGAAUAGAUGAAUUUGAUAAGAUGGGAAGCCAGCAUCAGGCUUUGCUGGAAGCCAUGGAACAACAAAGUAUCAGCCUUGCCAAGGCUGGUAUUGUUUGCAGUUUGCCAGCCAGAACAUCUAUUGUUGCUGCAGCAAACCCAGUUGGAGGGCAUUAUAACAAAGCCAAAACAGUGUCUGAGAACUUAAAAAUGGGGAGUGCUUUACUGUCAAGAUUUGACUUAGUUUUUAUUUUGCUGGACACCCCAAAUGAAGAUCAUGAUCAUUUGCUGUCGGAGCACGUGAUGGCAAUCCGAGCUGGGAAGCAGGCAGUGUGCAGCAGUGCAGUUGUGAGCCGUACCAACGUGCAGGAUCGCUCUGUUCUUGAAGUCGUUUCAGAUCGGCCCCUGCUUGAAAGACUAAAGAUCUCACCAGGAGAAAACUUUGAUGCCAUUCCACAUCAGCUGCUGAGGAAGUACGUCGGCUAUGCUCGGCAGUACGUUCACCCACAUUUAUCUCCAGAAGCUGCUCAGGUCCUUCAGGAGUUCUAUCUGGAGCUUCGGAAGCAGAACCAGGGAGCAAGCAGCACACCAAUCACCACGAGGCAGCUGGAGUCGCUGAUUCGACUCACGGAGGCACGAUCAAGGCUGGAAUUAAGGGAGAAAUGUACCAAGGAAGAUGCUGAGGAUGUAAUAGAAAUAAUGAAAUAUAGCAUGCUGGGAACCUACUCGGAUGAGUUUGGAAAACUGGACUUUGAACGUUCACAGCAUGGGUCUGGGAUGAGCAAUCGGUCACAAGCAAAAAGAUUUGUUUCUGCCCUUAGCAGUAUUGCAGAAAGAACUUACAGCAAUCUCUUUGAUUUGCAACAACUUCGACAGGUUGCAAAGGAGCUACAAAUACGAGUAUUUGAUUUUGAGAGCUUUAUUGAAUCCCUGAAUGAUCAGGGUUAUCUCUUGAAAAAAGGCUCGAGACUUUAUCAGCUUCAGACUAUGUGAGAAGAGCUUCUGCAGUAAACGUUGAGACAUAAUUACUGUAUCUUGAAUGGACUGAUGAACAUGGAGCAGUAAAGCACCCUGACUUGCAGCCUGCCCCAGGAGCACCUCUGGCUCUGUUGCUUACUGGAAGUUCCUGUUCAAACAUUGGUAAUGCCAGCAGGCUUGCUAGAAGCUCACGUAAGACAAUCUGUGGUACUGCUGCUUGACUCAUCCUGCAAGGCUGCCAGCCCAAACGAUCCUAACAACAGAUUUCAGUUCUAAAUUGUUGGACUCACAAAUUUUAAACCUGAAAUCUUUUGUGAGAAGACAGUGCAAGUUGUGUCCUUAGCACUGCAGUUCGUUUGAGGAUUUUGAAGUAUAGAAAUGUUUCUAAAAAUUUGGGAACUUUCAUGUUGAACCUCUGCAGCUUUAUAGCUGUAAGGGUUUUGUUUUUUGAUUUGUAACCCUUUAUUUAUUGGUCUUCCUAACAGAUUUUAUUUGAAGUGCAAGUCUCACUUAUGAAAGUCUCCUCGUUACAAUGCUUAAUGUGUAAAAUGGGAAUUGUAUUUUUAUUUCUCAUUAAAUAUGAUGGGAAUAAUAGUAAUAGUGAACACUUG